GUCGCUCCUUUCGCACCUGUAGAAUUCCGCUUACCUUCUUCUUAAAGAACAAAAACUCUCUAUUUUAAAGCUACAGUUUCCUACUUUUUAGGCUAGCCAAAUCCGUAUGGUUCUCUCCUUAUCCGCCCGCUAUAAAUUACGAGCCUUUCCUCCAUUAAUUUAUCGGUCAUCUCUUCUCUUUUCUCUCCCUCGAUCACCGCCUGUUUUCUGCGUUUCUUCCUCUCGUAGCAGCAAUGGAGCUCGAUUUGUCCCCAAAGAAUCCUAGGACAGCCUACAGCGGAGAUGGAGGCUCGUAUUUGUCUUGGUCUCCUGAUGAUCUCCCAAUGCUUCGCGCCGGCAACAUCGGCGCCGCCAAGCUUGAGCUAGCCGAGCGUGGUCUCGCUCUGCCUGCUUAUUCCGAUUCCGCCAAGGUUGCUUAUGUUCUCCAAGGGAGCGGCACUUGUGGAAUUGCUCUUCCUGAAACGCCAAAGGAGAAGGUACUUCCCAUCAAAGAGGGUGACGCUAUUGCUCUCCCCUUCGGCGUGGUGACAUGGUGGUUUAACCCUAGCUCCACCCAACUCAUCAUACUCUUCCUCGGCGACACCUCUAAGGGCCACCUCGCCGGCGAAUUCACAAACUUCCAAAUCACAGGUGCCCAAGGCAUUUUCACCGGCUUCUCCACCGAGUUCGUCGUCCGUGCAUGGGGCCUCUCCACUGAUGAUGCUGAGAAGCUCGUUAGUAGCCAGAAGGGUUCUAUCAUCGUCAAAAUCUCUGACAACCAGUCCAUUCCUCAGCCCUCCGAGUCCGACCGCAAGGGGCUGGUUCUCAACUGCCUUGAGGCUCCCCUUGAUGUCGACAUUAAGGGCGGCGGUUGUGUCGUCGUUCUGAACACCCAGAACCUCCCCCUAGUCGGCGAGGUUGGUCUCGGCGCCGAUCUUGUGAGGAUCUACGGCCACUCCAUGUGCUCUCCGGGAUUCUCAUGUGACUCUGCAUAUCAAGUCACCUAUGUGGUUAGGGGCAGCGGUCGUGCGGAGGUUGUCGGCAUUGAUGGCAAGCGUGUGCUGGAGACCCGCGUUGAAGCUGGCUACCUCUUCAUCGUGCCCAGGUUCUUCGUUGUGUCGAAGAUUGCCGAUGCCGAAGGCAUGGAGUGGUUCUCCAUCAUCAGCACACCCAACCCAAUCUUCACCCACUUGGCUGGAAGGACCUCAGUUUGGAAGGCCAUAUCGCCGGAGGUGCUUCAGGCUUCAUUCAACACCUCGCCGGAAAUGGAGCAGCUCUUCAGGUCUAAGAGGAGCUCUGAGGAGAUCUUCUUCGCUCCUCCCAACUAAAAAAAAAAAAGAAAGAUAUGCCUAUGAGCUUAUAUGCCGCACCUUUUACUGGUUUUUCCUUCCUGCAAGUAAUGAACUGGUUAUUUGUUCUGUUAUUCCACUAGUUCACCCCUUCUGGUGGACUGUAACUUAA